AUUGCUCCACGUUUACACGUUGUAUACGUGCUGACAAGAUUUAUCAAAUCUGCAUUAUGUAAAUAUCACAAAAAAUGGCCAAUAAAAAUUGUCACGAGAAGCAUUAGUUCUAUCAGUGAAAAAAAGUUACGAACGAACCGCAGAAACUACAGGCGAAGUCGAAGCCAUCGUGUUAUACGCGCAUAUCGCUCGAUAAAGCAGAAACAGACUCUCUUCGUUCGGAAGUUGAUUUCCUCUCGCACCAAAGUUGGGGGUGUCCUCUCCCUUCCCCUCAACGUUCAUUGUAUUGUUGGCGCCUCCGUAGAGCUGCGCGAAUGGGUUGUCGAUGUGAUGCUGGCUGGCUGGCCACGACAGUCAGCGCAACUAUAUCAUAGAGGCAAAAGUUGUUGGUUGCUCUUUUUCGGAGAGGACGCGCGGAAUUUCGCACCGCCAAGUGUUCGCUGGCAAUAAUCGAUGUUGCUUUCACUCAAAAAAAUAUAGUCAAUAAUAACAAGUCGACAAUGGCAUCGCUCAGCGGCUUCGUCGAGUUCUUCCAGAAAGGAAAGACUUUCCGUCCAAAAAAGAAACUAACGCACGGUACUAUGCGAUAUUCGCUCUACAAACAAGCGCAGGCAUCCUUGAACUCCGGUAUUAAUUUACGCGUAGCUGUAAAACUGCCACCUGGAGAAGAAAUUAGUGACUGGAUUGCUGUUCAUGUUGUGGAUUUCUUCAACAGAAUUAAUCUCAUUUAUGGCACAAUAUCUGAAUACUGUGACUCAACUUCCUGUCCAACAAUGAGUGGUGGUGCUCGCUUUGAAUACUUAUGGGCAGAUGGUGAUAAAUAUAAAAAGCCAACAGCUCUUCCAGCACCUCAAUAUGUUUCUCUGCUGAUGGAAUGGAUUGAAACACAAAUCAAUAAUGAAAACUUAUUUCCAGUCUCAACAGAUGUGCCAUUUCCAAAAACUUUCAUACCAUUGUGCAGAAAAAUUCUAACAAGACUAUUUCGAGUUUUUGUGCAUGUAUACAUUCAUCACUUUGACAGAAUCGUCGCUAUAGGAGCUGAAGCUCAUGUCAAUACUUGUUAUAAACAUUUCUAUUAUUUCGUGACUGAAUUUGAAUUGAUUAAUCACAAGGAAUUGGAGCCAUUAGCAGAAAUGACAGCUAAAAUUUGCAAGGAUCCUCUACCUUCAACUCACACAACAGUACCUGCAAAUUCUCUUGGCAGAUAGUCAAAUAGUUAAAUCCAGGAUAAUGUGCAUUUUAAUGCAUUUUAACAAUAGAUAGAAUUUGAAUGCGUUUAGUUAUUGAAUCUCUUGUGAAUCCAUUUUGUACAUAUGUAGUUGAACUUUUCUAAUUUUACGACUUAUAACAAUACACUGACAUAGAUUUUCUUUAUAAUCGAAUUUUGAAAAACAUUUGUGCAAUUUAUUGUGCAUUCAAUUUGACAAUUUGUAAUUUUUAGUAAAAAAUAUUAGCCU